CUCCACAGCAAUAGAGCUUCCUGUGUUUCAAAAGUAAAACAGAGACCACUGGCAACAAACACAAAGCAAAGGAAAAUAUUGCUUCUUUAGAUCAAAUAGAAAAUGGUUGCAGUUUCUUGGUGUUUCAUUGCCAUCCUUCUAAGUUGGACUCUGCUUUGCUUGGCUGAAGGCAAGCUGCAUUAUUAUGACUUCCAUCUGAGGGAGAAAAACUUCACGAAACUUUGUACAACCACCAACAUGUUGGUUGUAAAUGAUCAAUUACCUGGCCCAACCAUCUAUGUUCAAAAGGGUGAUAGUGUGUUUGUUAAUGUCUUUAAUCAUGGCUUCUAUGGGGUCACAAUUCACUGGCAUGGUGUAAAGCAACCAAGAAAUCCAUGGAUGGAUGGUCCAGCAUACAUAACGCAAUGCCCGAUUAAACCAGGAAUGAACUUCACAUAUGAAGUGAAAUUUUCGGAUGAGGAAGGGACCCUUUGGUGGCAUGCUCAUAGUGACUGGGCCAGAGUUGGAGUUCAUGGUGCCAUUGUCAUAUACCCUGAGGAAGGAACCACUUAUCCUUAUCCUAUUCGUCAUGAUGCUGAAGAAGUCAUUGUUCUUGGAGCUUGGUAUACUUACGAUGUGAACUGGGUGGUGAUAGAGUCAGACAAUAGAUAUGGCCCAGGAUCAGAUUCCUUCACCAUCAACGGUCAGCCUGGAGACUUCUGCCCUUGUUCUAAAGAGACGACAUACCGUUGGGAGGUUGAGCAUGGCAAGACCUAUCUUCUUCGGAUGGUCAACGCGGCCCUGAAUGCUGAAUUGUUCUUUGUAAUAGCCGAACAUAACGUGACUGUUGUUGGAAUGGAUGGAGCAUAUCUAAAACCUUUCGAUACAAACUAUGUUGUGAUAGAAGCCGGACAAACUAUGGAUGUUUUGGUUACAGCAAACCAAUCAUCUGGUCUAUAUUACAUGGCGACAAGACAAUGCUUCACUGGUGAAGCCAGUUUCACUAGCCUUGACACAGCAAAUGUCACAGCAAUUCUACAAUAUAAUGGUAGCGAUAGUUCUUCGUCAUUGCCUUAUUUUCCAACCUAUUUUCCAGAUUUCUACGAUGUAUAUGCUGCAAUGAGCUUCAGGAGCAAAUUAAAGAGCUUGUAUGGCCAGGAUGUCCCUACAAACAUAACUACUCGCAUGUUCAUCACAGCUAAUCUGCAACAAUACCACAGCGAUUUCAUCUCAACCUUGAACAAUAUUUCUUGGGUCAAUCCUGACAUUGACGUGCUUCAAGCUUAUUACAAUAACAUGAGUGGCUUCUACUCUGAUGAUUUUCCGGACAAUCCACCAACUUUCUAUGAUUUUGUGGGAUUUGAUGUGGGGCUCAAUACCACACAGGGAGAAGUCGGGACAAAGGUAAAGGUGCUAAAAUAUGAUGAGGAAGUGGAGAUGGUGUUUCAAUCGGCAAACAUUUUGAAUGGGUCAAUGGAUCAUCCAAUGCAUUUACAUGGCUACAGCUUCUAUGUGGUUGGAUCUGGUGAUGGGGACUUUGAUUUUGAUGAGGAUCCCAAAACCUACAAUUUGGUUGAUCCACCUAAACUAAACACAGCCACAUUACAAAAGUCGGGAUGGCUUGCAAUUAGAUUCAAAGCAAGUAAUCCAGGUGUAUGGUUGUGGCAUUGUCACUUGGACCGCCAUUUGAGUUGGGGUAUGAAUUAUGUGAUCAUUGUGAAGAAUGGUGGCACUCCUGAAACAACAAUCAGAGAACCCCCAAAGUUAAUGCCCGUUUGUGAGGAGAAAACAUCUAACAAUCUCAACAGGCUGAAUGAUUCACCCGUGUACUCUGAAUCUAAAUCUAUAUAACUUCUUAAGCCUUCCUAAUUUCAGGGUAGCAUUACCAGAACAGAAUCAGGUGAAGUUUUUAGCAAAACCGGGUUACUUGAUAUAUGAUAGAUAAAAAUAGGGUUUAAUAAAAGAUUCUUUCGCCCAAAAUUUUAUGUCUUCUGGAGCCUUCCUAUGCCUUCAGGUAUUUUUGGUUUAAGAAAAUGAAAAUAAGGGAUGGAUAAACUUUUUGUCUAACAAUUAAAUGUGGGCAAAACCAUAAGUUAAGCCCCUGAACCGACCCCAGAAUCGCUAUUAAGCCCCCAGACUCUAAUUGAAGCAUUUAAGCCCCUAAACUCUACAAUAGAAGCAAUUUAGCCCU